UAUCUUUGGACUAUCGUUGUUUUCUUCAUGAAAUUGUAUGUUUACGUUAAUGUGAACUUAAGAUGUCAAACUUGAACUCGAAUGUUAUAAAAUUGAAUAGGAUAAUAUAAAAAAUAUAUAUAUAGCGAAGAGAGAGAGCAUUGAAAUGUUGUGAUCACAAGAUGCCAUCUGGUAUCCUAUAAAUACUCUCUCUAUUACACAAGGAUAGCUAUAACGCAGUUAUAAAUAAGUAACUUGGUGGCAAUCUUCAUAGUAGAAACUUUGAAAGUUAUCAAGUUAGAACAUAAUCAUUCUUUCAAAGUAAUCCAUUCGUUUAAAUAUUUAUUAUAUUACUCUCCUAACAUUUUCACAGAAAGACUUCAUUGUGUUAUAUAUUUAAAAAAUGGUGGCAAUGCAAAUACUUUUACUUUUCUAUUUAUCCAUGGUUUUACAUAGAAAAGGUGUAGCCAAUGCAGUGGUUACAGUCGAAGAAGUUGCAGUUGGUCAUUUAGCUCAACUUCCAUGUCAAAGUAACGACGAUCAACAUCGAUUUAUGUUUUGGCAGCUUACUGACGACAGUCGUAUUAUCGGUCCAGGAAAUCCUAUCGAUUUCAAUAAAUAUAAUUAUGAAGUGUUAACCGGCACACUUUAUAUCAGGGGAGUAUCAACUGCCGAAGCUGGUUUUUAUAAAUGUGUUUCCAGAGGUUUAAAAGAUCAUUCUUCCGUUAAUGUUCAUGUCGUUGAAUUAAUAGUUAAGAAAAAUUGGGAAGACGUUUGGGAAAAUGAUUUUGAGGCAAAUUUGUUGAGAGGAAUGGCUGCGGUGAUGGUAGUGGUCGUAGCUGUCGCUGUUAUCCUUUUAAUCGUAAUAGUCAAACGAAAGAGGAAUCAAGGAUUUUUUGAUUUGAAUGAAUCGAGAGAUAAUUCGCCAGAAAGAUUUAGAGGAAAUAUUAUAAACACUUCUGCAGCUAUACCGGCGCAAGGAAUGGUAAACAUAAGCGCAGAUGGAGGAAUAGAAAAUCCUACUCUCGACAUAGAUUUUCCCAAGGUAUUUAAUCAGAUGCAGAAAGAUCAAGGAUUACCUUAAUAAAUUUAUCUAAUUCAAUUGUAUUUUUAAAAUUAUUAUAAGUUAAAAUCAAAGAAACAAAACAAAGAGAGGAACGAAAUAAACUAAAGAGAAACGCGUUAAGCAAUCGCACAGUAUUAAAUUCAUACUGUUGUAAAAUCUUAAGAGAAAAUAAUAAUUUAUUAUAUAGAUUGUAAUAGAAUUUUGCAAUGCAACCCGUGUUUUUUAUUGUAUAUACAAAAAAUAAAUCCUUUUAUUAAUUUUAGAUUUUAAAUUCUACUUGGAAUAUCUUCAAUCAUCAAUUAUAUUUUUCUAUAUAUACAUAUAUUAUUUGUCUGUACAAAUAUUUUCAAUAUUAUUCAUUAUACAAAAAAAGAAUGAUAAAUUUUUUUAAUGAAGCGUAUGAACACGAAUAUAAACGAAUAUUUUU